UUACCUUCACCAGGCCAAGCACUACAAGCAGAAGUUUCUGUUUGUCUUAUUCACCUUGAAAUUGCCUUUUAACCAAGGCGAUUUCUCGGCUGAACACAUUCAUUAUCCAUUAACUUUUCUCAAGCCAGCAGCAUACAACCAACCCGCCGGCAUCAUGUCUUCGAGCGCUAGCGCAGGACGUAGUGACUCGCGGCCUGGUGCGUCCACGGCGGAGCGCGAGGUGCUUGGGAUGUUGAAGAUCAUCAAGAAAGACCGGCAAGACCGGGAGCGGGCCAUCAUCGCCGUAGUGCGCCCGGAGAGCAUCGCCCAGCUCGAGGAACGAACGGGACCGUCCCGGCUGAAGUUUUGGCGCGGCAAGACACCAGUUCGAGUGACCAGCUCGGACAACUUGCAAGCAACAAUCGACGAGAUGAUGCAUAAAAGAGCACGCCACAGUGCCAGCUCGCACCUCAGCAUUCUCGUCAGUAAAAGGAUAGACAGCAUCCAUUUCGACGUCCCUGCGGACGUGCAAACGCUGAGCAUCUUGCGUGGCUCGUACGAGACGACUCAGAAAACGAAACAGAAACCUGCGGCACACUCAGUGCUGCUCGUCGAGGGUUCAUCCACGUUUGCGUCGGUCCGGCUCGACAGCUGGCAGGGUGAGGAGAACGCAAAGCAGCACUCAAAGCACGAGCUGUACCUUGGCGACGGCAUCUGCAUCGCCGUCGACAUGGCGCCGGGAACGGCGUGGGCCGACUCUGGUCCUCUGGCGCGCAUCUCACAGACGGACAAGACCACCAUUUACGAGAGCAUCAGUCGUAUGUACGACAUGGAUAUUGUCGCAGGACCUGGAGUAGGGCCAUCAGGGCCAGUCGCAGUAGUAGGGGAAGAUAUGCCCUGGUGGGUCAAGUGGAAAGAGCCCCUGGCCGCCAUCCUGGGCAUUGUCAAGGGCGACGGCAAGUCAGCGGCGGGCAUCAAGGCCUCGCAUAAGGGGCUGUACGUGCAGUUCCAGUUCGGUGAGGAGGCCAUGCAAACCGUUGAGAAGGGCAUCGCGGUAGCUACCGCCGUCUCGGGUGUCCUUUCUGCCGCGGGCCCCAUCGUCGGUGCCAUUACCUCGGCCCCGGGCGUGCGACAAGUCGCCAUCAAUGCGCUCUCGGCUGCGGGGCCAGUCGCCUUGCUGAGCAUGGGCGUCGGUGCCGCCAUUUACUUUGUGCCCUGGCAGGGUCUCUUCGGCUGGCUGAAGGGCAUCUUUGCGCGCCUGUGGGAGAAGAUCUGCUCUCUUUGGAAACGACUGAUGGAUUUCGUACGGCGGAAACUCUUUGGGACCGGCGAGGGAAAGCUCACCGAAGGAGAGUCGGCUGAUGCGGUGCCCUUGAAAAUGAACAAGCACCGCCCGCCUCCCAUCCUAUUUUGAGGGAUAACAUAUGCAAGCUAAGUCCGUCUUUACUGCUAUCACUUUUGCACGGUGGUCUUUAGUAUUUCUUACUUUACAGUCGUUGCUACUCAUAGGUUAUAGAAUGGUAUACUCUCUUAGAAGGACUAUAUAGACACUAAGAAAAGAUUGCAGUCUGUCUUCCCAUCAAGGAUAUUUAAAUACAAGACGGAUUCAUCCCACUAGUAGCAGUACCAUCAAAUACACGAAACACGUUUGUGUAUAAAAGUUAAAAAAACACGAUAUAAAUAUAAA